AGAACCGAUAGGAACGUCUAGCGGCGUUCGUCGCGUUCGAAGAAUCUGUGCGAACGUGCUUACAUCGAGCUGUUUUUUGUGACUGAUAAUUCUAUUGUUUUAGAUGAUUUUAUUUUUUAUUGCAGUGCAUACGGUCCAGGACGAUAUGUCUGAGGGUGAAGCGUAAAACGAGCUGCAAAUUAGCUUUAGAUUUGGCCAGAAACAGCAAUGUGCAGGAUGCUUUUGUCAUUGCAGUUGAACAGCAAGCUAGAGAAAGGUUGGAGAAACUAUCUGCCCUUAAAAAGAUCAAGCCAGUGGACAUGACGAAACUGUCUCAAGAACUGAAUGAGUGUACAAACAACACACCAGAGCUAAAUGGUGUAAUCGAAAAUAAUCCUAUUUAUGUCACCACUGUGCCUGAAAUACACAAUGCAACUUUAGAACGUGUGAAAAAAGAUCGCCUUGAUAAUUAUGUGAACAGUCCAUCAGAUGCACCAGCUGCCAAUAAAUCCCGUGAUCUUUCUACCCAAGGCCUUAAUGGCCAUAGUCAAAUAGGUAUUGCUGAUCAUGAUAUUCAUGAUCAAGAAUUAGAACUGAAACAGGAAAUUGUAGAUAGAGAAGGCUAUGAUGAAACAUUUUCGCCAUCUUCACCUGAGACCCCACCUCGUGAAAGGUUGCUUGUUGAGUCUCAGAAUGGAAUAGACUGUGUAUCUACACGAUUUUCACAGGAAUGUGUCUCAGUAGAGACAUUGCUGCCAAACUUGCCAGAUAAACUCAGGUCUUCACCAAGUGAAACUCAUGUACAAAAAUAUCCAGCAAAUUCUAAACAAUUACCUGUAAGUGAACUUGAUGCAUCAGAUGCAUCAAAGGUAAAGUAUGGCAUUAUAGACAAAAACUAUGUUCACAAAACAAAUACAGUGGAACCUGGACUUGGAACUCAUCGUGAAAUGGCAGUAGAUGUGCCAGAUUCUUUUGUUGGUGUUACUAAAACUGCACCAAGGUACCCUCCACAAAAAAUUUCAGAUGCCACUGAGUCUCGAAGAGAGCCUCAUCCUGAAUUUUUCAUCAAUAGUUCUGGAGAUAGUAGUUCCACAGAAAAUGAUCCAAGUCUGAAAUUUAACUCCAUGUCUCAAAAGAAUGCAGUGAAUAGUAGGUAUAAUUUUAUCAAUAAAGAUGCAGUUCCAAGACUUAAUAUUGAUUCAUCUGAAUUGGAUGAUGAAAAUUUAGUGAAUGCUAGUGAAGAACAGCUAGAAAGGAUACGAAAGUACCAAGAAGACAUAAGACGUCGAAAAAUAGCGGAGGAAAAGCUCGCAAAAGAAAAUGAAUUCCUUCGAAAUUCUUUGCGAGGUUCAAAAAAGCUUCAAGCUCUUGAAGCAAAUCCACCUCAACCACCAAAACAAGGUGUGGUUAACACUGCCUUUGAACUAGAAGAUGAUGAUUCAGGAUCAGUAUCCCUGUCCCAGAGGUCUUCUGGCUGCUUGGUUGGCAAAGUAGAUGAAUUGACAGCAACAACACCUGAGCUUGUCAAAACAUUUGGUGCAUCAGAACUACUUCAGAGCUUGUACAGAUUAAGUUCGAGCCUCCAGGGCAAUGGCCAUAAGGAUUCUGACUUGAUGCUUAUUGAAAGUUUGAUUCGCAAUGCCGACUUUCAAAAUAUUCUUGCCAUACACAAUAAAGUUCAAGAAGUGUGUUGUUUUAAAUGUCCACCUACACCAGUAUCUACAGAAGCGCAGGAUAUUACGCAAGAGGUAAUGAAUACCCUUCAGGAAAGUUCCUUACCAGAAGCUGCUGAACUAGUCGAUAUUUUAAGCAAAUUUGAAAUGGAAGGUUUGUUUUAUGCCCAUGACAAAAUAUCUGAACGCCAAGCUGUGCCAACAAUAACUCCGGAUGAAGAGCUUUUGGAUCGAGCCUCUCAGUAUACUGAGGAGAGUGUAAAAAUUGUUAGAAUUGACAAAACAAAUGAACCUCUUGGUGCUACUGUCAGAAAUGAAGGUGAAGCUGUUGUCAUUGGAAGAAUUGUGAAAGGAGGUGCUGCUGAAAAGAGUGGUUUACUUCACGAGGGAGAUGAAAUAUUAGAAGUGAAUGGCGUGGAAAUGCGUGGAAAAUCUGUUAACGAUGUGUGUGAUAUCUUGGCUACUAUGAAUGGAACUCUUACCUUUUUAAUUAUACCCACUCAGCAAGAAUCUAAACGAAGUUCUCAAAGGGAAGUUGUUAUGCAUGUAAAAGCCCAUUUUGAUUAUGAUCCUGAUGAUGAUUUGUACAUUCCAUGUCGUGAACUGGGAAUUUCAUUCCAAAAAGGCGAUAUUUUGCAUAUUAUUAGCCAAGAUGAUCCAAAUUGGUGGCAGGCAUAUCGGGAAGGUGAAGAAGAUCAGGCUUUAGCAGGUCUGGUGCCAAGUAAAAAUUUCCAGCAGCAACGUGAAUCGAUGAAGCAGACUAUAAUUGGGGAAACUAACAGCAAAGAAAAGGUUAAAAAAGGAAAAUUUCUUUGUGCUAAAAAAUACCAUAGAAAGAAAAAGAAGAAAAUGUAUAGUGCAAAUCUUACUGAAGAACUGGAAGGAGAUCAAAUUUUGACAUAUGAAGAAGUAGCUCUGUAUUAUCCUCGAGCUAAUCGCAAACGUCCAACAGUACUAAUUGGCCCUCCAAACAUCGGUCGUCAUGAAUUACGUCAGCGUUUAAUGGAAGACACGGAACGAUUUGCAGCUGCUGUGCCUCAUACUAGCAGAGCAAAGCGUGAUGCAGAAGUAGACGGAGCUGAUUAUCAUUUCAUCUCUCGCUCACAGUUUGAAGCUGAUAUUGUGGCUGGUAAAUUUGUAGAGCAUGGAGAAUAUGAGAAAAAUUAUUAUGGAACAAGUCUUGAUGCCAUUAGAGCUGUUGUUAAAUCUGGAAAGAUUUGUGUGCUGAAUCUUCAUCCACAAUCUUUAAAGAUUUUGAAGAAUUCAGACUUAAAACCAUAUGUUGUAUUUGUUGCUCCACCUUCCUUGGAAAAAUUGCGACAGAACCGCAUUAAAGCUGGGGACAAUCCCAAAGAUGAAGAGCUUAAAGACAUAAUUGAAAAAGCUCGAGAAAUGGAGGACAAUUAUGGACAUCAUUUUGACAUGGUCAUCAUCAACUCUGAUAUUGAUAAGGCUUUCAAUGAACUUCUUAAAGAAAUAAAUACACUUGAAAGAGAACCUCAGUGGGUGCCUGCAAUAUGGCUCAAAAAAGACACAAACUAGACACUUCUAGGCAUCUGUGUGUAUAGUAGACUAUUAUAUUGUUCAGCUUUAUUUCAAAGCUAAAAACAUCAAAAUAAUGGAGAGAACUUUUAUGACAAUGAUGUGCAAACACAAUAUUUGAUGUAAUAUUUUAAUGAAAUCUAUUAAAUUUGAAUUAUCUUUGAAACAAUGCAUUCCAUUUCCAUCAAAAAAAAAAAAAAAAACUCCACGAUUACUUUUAAAAUAGGUUCUUCUUUGUUUGCACAUCAUUGGUGUAGAUGAUUUGUAUAGUUUAAGAUAUGUCCUGUAAAUAUGUAUACAUUUGUGUAAGAAGUCCUACAAACAUCCUUGUGAUGCAAACUGACAAAUGGGACUUUGUGCUGAUGAUCCCUUACAUAAGAAUGUUGCAAUGUUUACCAAAAUUUGUAAUACUUAAUUUUGAUAAAGUGGGAAAUGCAGAAUAAUUCUAUUUUUAAAGAUAUAUAUGUAAAAAAGAAAAAGUAUUAUCAAAAGUGUCAUGGAAAUUUGAAGUCGUAGUAUACCAAAUGGAUUUUUUUUAAUGUGAAUUUUCAGUUUAAGUUCUUUUCGCACUUUCGUAAGUGGUAUUUAUAAUUUAGUGUAUAUCUUGAGUAAUUUAAAAUAUUGUAGUAUUAGUACAGAUUUAUGUGUAUUGAAUAUUGUUUUUAUGCAAGACUUCAGUUGAGUACUGUAUUUAGAAAGCUAAAACAAAAUCAUUCAUUGUAUAUUAAAGCUGUGAUGUUACUAGUGCAAUUUCAUUCAUUAUAAUUAUCAUUUAUAAUUCAACAUUUGUUUUAGCACCAUCUUCUGAUUAUAAAAAGUAUAUGCAGUAAAUCAUUAACAACCAAUAAAUUCAUUUUUAAUGUAAAAUCCCCAUUGUGAUGAUUUUCAUCAUUAAUCACAACUUUUACCUUGUGAUUUUUGCUAUACAUAUGUAAAUAAUGUGUGUUUACUAAAAACCUGAACAAGAUUUUUAAAACAUGGGGAAAAUCAGACUGAAUAUUGAAUUUUCCAGAAAUAGUAACUUUAAUUUACAUAAUUCAUUCACAUGCUUUUAACUGCCUACUUUUAAUUCAAAUGUAUUCCUUUUUAAUUUACUAAAGAAAUAUGUAUAUAUUGUGUUUAAAGUGUUUUAAAUAUUGUAAUGAAAAAUGAAUUUUUUACCAGAACUUCUUUACUAUCGUGCUGAUUUCUUAACAUGAACAAUUCUGAAAGAAAUUUACUUUUUGUAAUAGAACUGCUUGAAAUUUUAGUCGCAUAUGAUUAAUUUUAUAUUUUUUAAUUCAAUAAAACCAAAUAGCAAAAUAUCAUUUGAAAAUGAUGUUACAUCUAACUAAAUGGAAAUUAAUUGGUUUAAAUAUAGCAUUCAAGUUUUGAGUGUCUUCAAAAAAACAUUUUCAUUGCAUCUCUGGCAAUUUUGUGAUUUUUAAAAGCUCAAAAUAUCACCUAAGAAAAAUGAAACUUAUUUAAAAAUAUUAAUGUAUUUUAAUAAUCACAUUUCAUAAAAAUUAUAUAUGGAUGUUAUGUGAAAUUUGUACAGAGUUAAAAUUUCAAAGUUCCAUCUCUCAUUGUAAUGAGAAAAUCCUUUGAAAAUAUACAAAACAAGUAUCAAAAAUCUGAUGAAUGUUCUUAUGAAUUUCUACAGUUUUAGUAAAAUAAAGCUAUUUUGAAAUGUUUUGUGAUGUAA